AUGAACGGCAUUGAUGGCUCAGACCGUCAUGUCAAGACGGUUGAAGCACCUCCGCCAUCACUACUAGCCAUUGUUCUCGACACCAACCCGCACGCCUGGGCGCAUCUUUCCUCGACCCUUUCAUUGUCCGCAGCCCUCGCCAACAUCCUCGUCUUCAUCAACGCCCACCUAGCCUCAGGAAAUGCGAACGAAGUUGCUGUCAUAGCAUCGCACUCACAUAAGACGACCUUUUUAUACCCGACACCAUCAUCCAGUCCAAGACCGCGUAAAGCUGCAAAUGGAGAUGUGGAGAUGAACGGUGCUGGAGGCAACAGCGAGCCUCACAUGGCGGAGAAUCCAAACAAAUAUCGGCCAUUUGCCAUAGUCGAAAAUGCAAUUCUACGAAAUUUCGCAAAGUUACUGGACGAGACCAAUGAGAGACACCUCGCUGCGACACCAACCACUCUCAUCGGCGGAGCGCUCUCACUUGCUUUGACACAUAUAAACAAGCAAACCAUGUUGCACGCACCAACCGCAGCCAGCGCUGAGAGUGCAUCCCUCGCAGCAUUAGCGGAUGCUGAGAAUACUCAUGUCGACCGAAUACCGUUGACAUCUCGCAUACUCAUUGUCUCCGUGUCUGGAGAUCUCGCGAAUCAAUACAUACCCGUCAUGAAUUCUAUAUUUGCUGCGCAGAGAAAAAGAAUUCCAAUAGAUAUCCUCAAACUAGCAGGAGAUACUGUCCUGCUGCAGCAAGCGAGUGACGCGACCGGAGGUGUCUAUAUGAAGCCUGAACGGCCAGAGGGGUUACUACAGUAUCUGAUGAUGGCUUUUUUGCCAGAUGUGACUGCAAGGGCAAGCUUGGUCGUUCCUAAUGCAGGUGGAGUUGAUUUCCGGGCAGCAUGCUUCUGCCAUCGAAGGGUGGUUGACAUUGGCUUUGUGUGCAGUGUAUGCCUUAGCAUCUUCUGCAGUCCCGAUCUUCCGGAUAACCUUUGUUUGACAUGUGGCUCCUAUCUCUCCCUACGCAGCGCAAUGACAAAUACACCGGCCCUGAUACCCAGAAAAAAGAAGAAGAAGAAGAAGAUCGGUACCGACUCAGGCACACCUGGAGGGUCAACACCAGUCGGAUCCGGCACACCUGCACAUCCUUGA